CCCCUCUGACAAGGGGUCCGGAGUGACAUCCAGCCGGUUUCGGACGCGGGUGGUCCGACACUCGCCGGGAGACGACCGCUGCUUGAACGCCGUGUCAUGACAUGCGCCCUCUGGGCUGAACAGCUGACAAAGACUCCGGACUCGGAACCACGUCUGGCCAAUUGAAUACUGCAGCCGUCACCGAAGAAAGGAUGCGUUCACUGACCGCGCAUGGCUGAGUGAUAGGGGAGAACAUCAUCCAGUCAUCGUGAAAGACAACGCUGUGAAUAAGAAGCCUUCAGCACAUAUUUGUUAGGCCAUGGUGAAGAUUUAGGAAGUGACACCAUGGUCAUCUCCGAUAGAAACAGCAGCACUUCAGUGUCCAAGAGGGAGCCGCAGAAGGACAAAAAAAGGCGAGCGUCUCGUCCUCACGGCCUGCCCUCCCCGGCGCUGUGCUGUGCCUGCGGGCUGUGCAUCAUGUUGGCCGGACUCAACAUCACCCUGGUGGGGGUGUUCGCCUUCAGGACCCUGGUGCCUUCUGCCAACCCUUCCAUCGUCAUCGGACCCAUCCUCCUGCUGGUGGCCUUUUCCUUUUUUGGGGCCUGCUGCGUGUGCAGCCGCCUCCCGCCUUCUCACAGCUCGCGAGGCUCCAAAGUGGGAGGGCGGGGCAUGAAUCUGAUGGGGAAUGGCGGUCUGGCCGGGGCGGCAGCCUUCGAGAUAGAGACCAGCGAGCACACACUGCAGGACACCACCGCCGUGCAGCUCAGCCCCACGUCGUCCCCCGGGUCAUCGCGGGGGUCCAGCCCUGAAAGAGAGGCUCCUGACGGGACAUGCAAGCUCUUCACUAUGGAGACCGAUGGCUCGUCUUCUGUCUCAACCAGAGCGGUCUACUCGGCCGCCACCGCCUCAGGAGGGGAGGUGAGGCUCAACCUGCCACGAGAAGAAGGUCUCACCUUGUCGGAGUACCAGCAGCAUACAUAACUUUGUCUUCACGCUCACUUUGUCUUCUUUUAUUCUUAGUGGGGAUGGGCCUGAUAACACUGUUGUCAUGAAUUGAUUGUUAAUUCAUUGCAUCUUAAAGCAAUUGAGGUUAAAUGGAUUGCACUACUUCUCUCCAACCAGCAGGGGUGCUGUCGAUUCAGUCACCUAGUUUGCAGUAUGAAGUAGAACACAUCUUAUUGUUGCAUGAGCAGUUUAAUUGUACAUAAUAAUAAAAUAAAUACUAUAAUAUAAUAUAUAUACAGUAUAUAUAUGUAUAUAUAUACAAACCCCGUUUCCAUAUGAGUUGUUAGAUCUAAAUAUAAAUGGAAUACAAUGAUUUGCAAAUCAUUUUCAACCCAUAUUCAGUUGAAUAUGCUACAAAGACAACAUAUUUGAUGUUCAAACUGAUACUUUUUUUUUUUUUUUUUGUAAAUAAUCAUUAGCUUUAAAUUUGAUGCCAGCAACACGUGACAAAGAAGUUGGGAAAGGUGGCAAUAAAUACUGAUAAAGUUGAGGAAUACUCAUCAAACACUUAUUUGGAACAUCCCACAGGUGAGCAGGCAAAUUGGGAACAGGUGGGUGCCAUGAAUGGGUAUAAAAACAGCUUCCCAAAAAAAUGCUCAGUCUUUCACAAGAAAGGAUGGGGCGAGGUACACCCCUUUGUCCACAACUAUGUGAGCAAAUAGUCAAACAGUUUAAGAACAACGUUUCUCAAAGUGCAAUGGCAAGAAAUUUAGGGAUUUCAACAUCUACGGUCCAUAAUAUCAUCAAAAGGUUCAGAGAAUCUGGAGAAAUCACUCCACGUAAGCGGCAUGGCCGGAAACCAACAUUGAAUGACCGUGACCUUCGAUCCCUCAGACGGCACUGUAUCAAAA